UAGUCUUACUGAGGCGUUACUCCAGCUCACCUCCAACACUGUCACAUAACAGCGCUGGUAAGGCCGGGAGACGGACACCUCCUCGACCUCUAUAUUUAGAUGUCUAACCUGCAUUUUUAAACAAAUCCUUUCCCGUGCCUCGGACAAAACUGAAAUCAGCGCAGGAACCUGACAAUUCAGAGGAGAGCCAAAACAGCGAUGGCCUCGGUUAAAAAAGACAACAGGCUGACGAGUUCUCAAAGCUUUGUGUGCGUCGGUUUCGCCGGAUUUUUCAGUAAAACUGUCACGUCGCCUUUGGAGGUGGUUAAAAUCAAGAGUCAGGUGGGCACCUUUCACUGCAAGAAGGGUUUGUGGCAAAGUUUUCUUCUCAUCUACCAGAACGAGGGACUUCGAGGAUUUUGGAAAGGAAAUUUAACCUCUUGUCUCCGGUUGUUCCCGUACACCGCGGUUCAUCUCACAACAUACAAAAAGAUAGUCCACCUUCACAUGGAUGAACUGGGCUUCAUCUCUCAGUGGAGAGCCAUAUUGGCCGGUGGACUGGCUGGCGUUGCUGCUGCCCUGGUCACGUACCCUCUGGAGGUGGCAGAAACCAGGCUCAUCGUUCAGAACUGCAGACAGCCCACGUACAUCGGCGUAAUUCACACUCUCUCAAAGAUCUACAGGAGUGAAGGGCUGCUUUCUCUCUACAGGGGCUUUUCCCUCACUUUCUUGGGUGCUUUUCCCUUUUCUAUCGGAUGCUAUGCGGUCUACAUGAACUUGGACAAGCUCUGGCAGGAGCCUCCAUUUCGCUUCACUCCCCUCCAGAACUUCAUUAAUGGCUGUCUCGCAGCAGGAGUGGCCCAAACCCUCUCCUACCCUUUUGAAACUGUAAAGCGGAAGAUGCAGGCGCAGAGUGCCCGUCUGCCCCAUCUUGGUGGAGUUGACGUCCAUUUCAGUGGAAUGAUUGACUGUUUCAUACAGGUUGUUAGAAAUAAGGGUGUCCUCUCACUGUGGAAUGGCCUUACUGCCAACACAAUAAAGAUUAUUCCCUACUUUGGCCUUCUUUUCACCUGCUUUGAGAUGUGUAAGCAGGUUUGCCUUUACCGCAACGGGUACAUCGUCUCACCCCUGAGCUACAAACCUGCACCAGGGGUCGACCAGAGCCUCGGGCCGUACGAGCUGGAGGAGGUGAAGCGCUACUUGAAAAACAGGAACUUUGGGUCGGGGGAGUCAUCUUUUGGAAACCGCUGGUGAAACUUCACAUGAGAGGAUGUCUUGUGAAAAAUACUGACAGCUGAACACACUUGACCAGCAAAAUGAGUUAUUUGCCGGACUGAAAUACUUCAGAGGCUUGUGUCUAUCACAAUUACAUAACAUUGGGCUUCUUAUAUGUCCUCAUAUAAGGUAUUAACAUUUACAUUAUGUCAGCAACAGUCUACCUCUUUCAGGAUAUUUUUAUUUUAUCUGAUAUAACAAUAUCAUAGCUCAAUAUGCCUUGAGCGUUAACUAUUUAUUUCGGGGCUUAUUUCAGUUAUAUCAAAUAGUGCCAUAGUUUAUUCAAAUAGAUUCUCCUUUACUCUACUUGUGAGAAAGCUUUUAAUGUACAAUGAAUGGAAUGAUUCAUAUGUUUGAGAAUGUUAUGGAUAAACAUGUUUGUGAAGCAAGAAAUGUGCUUACAACAUUAAAAUUUCACUGACACAUUU